AUGAAACAUGCAGAUAUUUUGGACCAGUAUGAAAUGAACAUGGCUGAUGGAAAUAUAACACCUGACGUUCUAGAACAUUUAUCUCAAAGAACUACACAGAACCAUAGAGAUGGUAUAUUUGGUGAAGAGUUUAGAAAGAAAGUUAGGGAGAUAGAAGGAAGAGAACCUAUUGUACAUGACCUUGCAAACGAAAGUUUACAAAAUGUCAUAAAAACUUACUUUGCAGACAAUGAACUGAGAAGGGAUGAAUAUUUAAGAAAACUCAAAUGGACAGUACCAAAUGAAAUGUUAGUAUUGAAAAACAUGUUCCUUGACAAAAUAAAACCAACUACAGAAAUAAAUGACGCAAGACUGAAACAUUGGGUAAAAGCUUUCCCAUUCACAAAAGAUAUUAUUGGUAACAUGGAAAGAAAACCAGAAUGGCUACAAAAACAUAUAUUUGGAAACGAGCUUAUUCCAUAUGGACAAGCUCUGUUUGAAGAGCUUGAACCGGAAACUCAGGAAAGAGUCAUGCAAACAAUACGCGAAGACUCAAAUACAAACUAUGACAAAAUCUUUCUAGGAUAUAGGUUACCUGAGAUGGGCGACCAGAGCCCAAAGGCAAAAAGGACAUGGGAAAUUUACAACAUACUAGGUGAACAUGAGGCAAAGAUGCAACAACUUGAAGCAGAGGGCAAGUUACCAAAAGCGACACCAAAGAAGAAGAGAAGAGUAG